CCCGGCCGCGGGGGGCGCUGCGGGCCGGUACCGGGGCGGCCUCGGCCCCGAGCGGGAGCGGCGCGAGCCCCGUCCCGGGAGCGGCGGAGUGGUGUUAACCCCACAGACAAGUUAAAUGUCUGCAGAAGACAGAGAAGCGCAGGAGGAUGAGCUGCUGGCCCUGGCCAGCAUCUAUGACGAGGACGUGUUCAAAAGAGCAGAGUCAGCCCAAGGAGGAGAAACAAGGAUUUGUCUGGAACUGCCCCAAAACUUCAAAGUUUUUGUGAGUGGCGGCUCCACAGAGAGCGUGCAGGGUGCUGGGUUCGAAUACACCGUCUGCUUCCUGCCUCCUCUCGUGCUGAAUUUUGAGCUCCCACCAGACUACCCGUCCACCUCCCCUCCGGCAUUCACCCUCAGCGGAAAAUGGCUCUCCCCAACCCAGCUGAGCGCUCUUUGCAAACACUUAGACAACGUGUGGGAAGAGAAUCGAGGUUGCGUGGUCUUAUUUGCCUGGAUGCAGUUUCUGAAGGAAGAAACACUGAGUUACCUGAAUAUUUCCUCACCAUAUGAGCUAAAAAUGUGCCAUCAAGGGAGUGGGCAGAGCAGGACACCUCUGGUCCCUCCUGAUGCUGAGAAGGAUUGCGGUGGUGCAGCCAGCUCUGCCGCAGCUGAGGAGGAAAUCAUUGAUGCCAGAGCUGUGCAAGAUGUGGAAUCAUUAUCGAGUCUGAUCAGGGAAAUCUUGGACUUUGAUCAGGCCCAGAGAAGGAAGUGCUUUAACAGUAAGAUGUACUUGUGCAAUAUCUGCUUCUCUGAGAAGCUGGGCAGCGAGUGCACGUACUUCACUGAGUGCAGCCACGUGUACUGCAAAGCGUGCCUGAAGGAGUACUUUGAGAUACAGAUCAGGGAUGGUCAGGUCCGCUGCCUCAACUGCCCCGAACCAAAGUGUUCUUCUGCUGCUACUCCUGGCCAGGUGAAAGAGUUGGUUGGGGAGGAGCUGUUUGCCCGCUACGACCGCCUGCUCCUGCAGUCCAGCCUGGACCUCAUGGCGGAUGUGGUGUACUGCCCUCGCCCGGGCUGCCAGACGCCGGUCAUGCAGGAGCCCGGCUGCACCAUGGGCAUAUGCUCCUGCUGCAACUAUGCCUUCUGCACGCUCUGCAAAAUGACUUACCACGGUGUUUCGCCCUGCAAGCUCACCGCAGUGAAAUUAAUGGAUUUGCAAAGUGAAUAUUUAGAAGCAGAUGAGACAACUAAAAGAUUUCUGGAACAACGCUAUGGGAAACGAGUGAUUGAGAGAGCGCUCGAGGAGUUGGAGAGCAAAGAAUGGCUGGAAAAGAACUCCAAGCCCUGUCCUUGCUGUGGAACUCCCAUAGAGAAACUGGAUGGUUGUAACAAAAUGAUGUGUACGGGCUGCAUGCAGUAUUUCUGCUGGCUCUGUAUGGGCGUUCUGUCACGGAUGAACCCCUACAAUCACUUCAAUGACCCAUCUUCCCGGUGCUUUAAUCGAUUGUUUCAAGCUAUUGAUGGUGAGUUCAGGGAAGAUGAAGAUGAAGACUAGCAGCUUUCUCUGGCACCAAAAAGCUGAACCACCCAGAGAUGGAGGCUUUCCAUUUCUGCGUCAAGUCUGUUUGCUUCUCACCUCUGCUGUGUGAUAGAAGAAUGGUAAUGACCUUGCCCUGCAGAACGCUCGCACUUCAGAGGCUGUGGCCAAAGCCAAAGGAAGACUGUGUUGUCCAUCUGUGGUCAGGAUUACCAUAACCAUAUUGAUUGUUAAAGACCAAUGUGACCAGUCAGAGGUUGGAAAGUUACUGGAAAAAUAGAUACUAGGAGGUGCCCCUUUUCCAGAAGCAAACAAACACAACUGGAGCCCCAAAUGAUAGAUAUAUUUGGGGGUUACCUUUGGGAGACUGCCCUUUCAAGGCUCUUGUCUCAUAUCCAUGUUAGGGCAGUGCUGUAAUGCUUUUCCUGGAGCUGUUCAGGGGCGCCUCUCAGACAGGGGAAGGUUUCUGAUGCAACACAGAAUGUUUACAGGAUGUUUCUGCUGUAUUCAGCAUCUGAGCCUUUCACUGCUGUAGCGUUUCCCAACCUGCUUCUCUGAAAAACAUCUCCUUGUUCUGUCACUGACCCUUCCUAAUGAUGGUGAAGUUGGUUACCCUUACCCCCCUUCUUGCUGGCUGUAGUGCCGGGGUCUUUGCUUUACUGAGUGCUUUAUCAGAAAAGGACCAACAGCCGCUUCCAGAACUGCGGAUCAGUUUGGUGCCUGAUCACAGCGCUGCUGUUGCCUUCCCUUGCUUCUCAUGUGACAGUGAUGGGUGCUAAAGCGGUGGGCUGAGCAUGUGGCCAGGGAGAGGAUGAGAUGUCAGUCAAAUGCUGAAACACCUGAUAAUGGAUACAUAGCUAAGAUUAACUUGGAUUCUUCAAGAUGCUGACAACUACCUGUUCUCAGAUGAUGAAGUGGUUUCUUUUUUACUAACUCUUCGUAUGAGAAAUCUGAUCAGUUCAUAAUUUUGCUUCUGGACCAGAUCCCUUAUUUCCACUGUUCUUGCACUUCACAUUCUUUCAAAACCCAAAUUGUUUCCCCUAAAAGCUCAGUUAGGAGUUUUGUGAGCAUGAAAGUCAUUACUGGAGGGAACCACUCAUUUUUCAGAUGUUUUUUCACUUGCAGAGCAGUCUAAACACUUAUUUUGAAAUUAAAGUGCAUGUGCUGUUCAGAUCCCCUUAGUGGGGCCCAGGUCGAUGGCUCAGGAGCUGGAAGACCUUUCCAGAACUCGAGGUGAACACCGCUCACUCAGUUUUGACUGAUAGUAAGUUAACUUAUCCUGAUGCCUGGCCUAAUGAAUGCUGAUUUAGUUCCUUUUGCAGAGGAUGAAAGCCACGUGCUGUUAGAAUUGGCAGUGAGUGGGAAGAGAAGAGAUGUUAGAGUGGACCUCUUGUCUUGGCUAUAGGACAGUGUGUAGGGAGAGAUUUCAUUCUGUGGUUUAAAUUUGUAUACGAAGGUUUAAAAUUUAUUUCUUGCACCUUUCACGUGCACUGAAUUCACUUUAAGACAGUAAAUACAGUUGUCU